AUGCGCUUCAUUGACCUUGUUUGUGGCGCCGCCGCCGUGACGUCGGUGCUUGCUGCGCCGACGACGGAGGCUGCCGGCACCUCUGCGGCCAAGCAGCGCCGCAAGAGCAAGUUCCAGUUCACGGGUGUCAACGAGUCGGGCGCCGAGUUUGGCAACAAGAACCUGCCGGGGCAGCUGGGCAAGGACUACACGUGGCCCGUGAAGUCGACCAUUGACAUCCAGACUUUGACGGGCAAAGGCUUCAACAUUUUCCGCAUCCCCAUUAUGAUACCUAGGGAGCGCGCGAUCCCGACGAAAAUGACGGGGACCAUCAACGACACCUACUUCCAGGGCCUGACUGACGUGAGUAUUCUUCGUGUAGUGUAUCGUGUCCUAUGUCACUGGAAAUUGUCUAACGCUGUAAUGUACAUUAGGGGCGCGUAUGCCAUUGUGGACCCGCACAGUUUUGGCCGCUACUACGACCAGGUCAUCACCGACACGGCCGGGUUCCAGGCCUGGUGGACGACCGUCGCGGCCCAUUUCAAGGACAACGCCAAGGUCGUCUUUGACACCAACAACGAGUACCACGACAUGGACAACACGCUGGUCGCGCAGCUCAACCAGGCCGCCAUCGACGGCAUCCGCGCCGCGGGGGCCACGUCGCAGUACAUCUUUGUCGAGGGCAACUCGUGGUCGGGCGCGUGGCACUGGGUGUCCAGCGGCACCGCCACGGGCAUGGCCGGGCUGACAGACCCGUCCGACAAGAUUGUGUACGAGAUGCACCAGUACCUGGACGCGGACGGCUCGGGCACGUCGACGGCGUGCGUGAGCAGCACCAUUGGACGGGAGCGGCUGCAGGAGGCGACGGCGUGGCUGCGGGCGAACAAGAAGCUGGGCCUUGUGGGCGAGACGGCGGGCGGCGCCAAUGCGCAGUGCAUCGGCGCGCUGACGGACAUGCUGUCGUACAUGCAAGACAACGCGGACGUGUGGAGCGGGUGGCUGUGGUGGGGCGGCGGACCGUGGUGGGGCGACUACAUGUACGGCAUGGAGCCGCCGAGCGGCACGGCGUACACGGGCGUGCUUCCGAGCCUGGUGCCGUACAUCUAG